AUGGCGGCCGCCGCGCUCGACAACGCCAACCCGACGGUCCUCAACGCCUCGGAGCUGCCCACGCGCAAGCAAAAGGUCAUCCCCCGGCGCGGACCCGACUCCAAGUAUGCCGAUGUCAUCUUUGCGCGGCCCCCGUACCUCUCGAGCCCGUUUUGCGGCGACGACUACGGCGCGGCCAUUGCCUGGCCCCGCGGCGGUGCUGGCGCCGAUGACGGCGGCCUCUUCGACGACGCUUCGCCCGAGCCGAUUGACGAGCAAGAAAUCUAUGAUCUCAUCUCCACCAUUACCGAUCCCGAACACCCCGUCUCGCUCGGCCAGCUCUCCGUCAUCAACCUCGCCGACAUUCGCAUGACGCCCUCGCCGCGCGCCGGCGAGAUACUGGACGCCAACACGCUCGUCGACGUAUUUGUCGAGAUCACGCCGACGAUUACGCACUGCUCGCUGGCGACGAUCCUGGGGCUCGCGGUCCGGGUGCGGCUCGAGCAGGCGCUGCCGCCGGGCUACCGCGUCGACGUGCGCUGCAAGGAGAGCACGCACGUGCAGGACGACCAGGUCAACAAGCAGCUCGCGGACAAGGAGCGCGUGGCGGCGGCGCUGGAGAAUGACUCGCUGCGGAGCGUGCUGGACAAGAUGCUCGAGACGUGCUACUGA